GUGCAGUGCUUUGGAGCAUCAGCGUAUCUCGGAUCUGGAGUUUGACCAACAUGGCGACUAGAGCCGGAUCUCAUGUGACACAAAGGGAGGGAGAGGAUGAACAGGAUUUUCCCCGUACCCACAAGUGCAGCUAUUGUGACAAGGAGUUUCGCUUCAAAAGUGAGCUCAAUCGACAUCUGCAAACUCACACUGGUGAGAGACCAUGUCUGUGUGAUGAAUGUGGGAAACGAUUUGGUUAUCUAAGUCAUCUGGAGGAUCACAUGAGAACUCACACCGGUGAGAGACCGUACAAGUGUGAUAAUUGCAACAAAUGCUUCAGUCGGUCACAUCAUCUGAAGGCUCACAUGCGGACUCACACAGGGGAAAAACCGCACAUAUGCGAGGAAUGCUGCAAACAGUUUACUACGUUGUCAAAUCUUAAGAGUCACAUGCGGACCCACAAUGGUGAGAAACCGUACGAGUGUGAAUAUUGCAACAAGUGCUUCAGUCAGUCACAUCAUCUAAAAAGACACAUGCGGACUCACACAGGGGAAAACCCGUAUAGAUGCGAAGAGUACUGCAAAAAGUUUACCACUUCGUCAAAUCUAAAGAGUCACAUUCGGACUCACAAUGACGAGAAAACUUACCGGUGUGAUGAAUGUGAGAAACAGUUUAGUAAUCUUAGUCAUCUGAAGGACCACAUGAGAACUCACACCAGUGAGAGACCGUACCAGUGUGAUAACUGCAACAAAGGCUUCAGUCAGUCAGCUCAUCUGAAGACUCAUAUGCGGACUCACACAGGGGAAAAACCUUACAGAUGCGAGGAAUGCUGCAAACAGUUUACUACGUUGUCGAAUCUUAAGAGUCACAUGCGGACUCACAAUGGUGAGAAACCGUACAGGUGUGAGGCAUGCUGCAAGCAGUUCAGUCAGCUUGGUACCCUUAAAAUACACAUGCGAACUCACACGGGUGAGAAACCGUACAAGUGUCAGGAGUGCAGCAAGCUGUUCAGCGACCCGAGUCAUCUAAAAAGACACAUGCAGACACACGCUAAUUAAAUAGAAGCCGUACAAGAGUAAUUAUAGCAGGCAGUUGUUCGAGCUGUUUGGUCGGUCUGAAAAAGCACAAGAUAUUUCACACAGGUGAUAAUCCGUGCGUGUGUAAACACUGCAAAAACGUUUCUCGGGCGACUAAUCUGGAGAGUCACAUGUCGAUUUACACCGAGCAGACACGUACGAACUCGCAUUGGUGGAAAGUGGAAACCUAUGUAUUCCUGGUGGCCUAAUAGUGAAAUGUCAUACAUAGGCAACAAAUGCGACAUUUCUCCAGCAUGGGAGACUAGUUUAGAGCUAGACAAUCGCCAUAUGUUCAAACGCCUAAACUUUACAUGACUAUUGUGGGUACGUUACAGACAUUAUGUUUACCUAAUAGUAUGUUGUUUCUUAACGAUGUAUAUAUUUUGUCACUAUUCUGUUUGUGUUACUUGUUUGUUUCUUAUGAUUCCAGUGUAACAUCAAACAUAAUUGGAAACAAAUCACAGCAUAUCAAACAUAUCACCGUAUGUCACGUAGUGAAUUAUAACCUAGUGUAAAAAUGACAUUUAACGUUUGCGCACCAGUGACAGAGAAACGGUAAGACAUUGUCCGCUUGAUUUAACGGCGUCGUGAUCUAUAGCUUUGUACCACGACACUCAAAAUUUCACUAUUAGCUGUAGAUGUAUAGAUCUACUGUAGAUCUAAGUGUUUGGAAUUAGCUUUGGAAACAUGUAAGUUGUGGAUGUUGCUAGUUACGUAUGUUUGCCUUCAAGUAAACAUACUACUGUAAUCGUCUAG